UGUCAGGUGUAUGUACUAAAAAAGGCGUGGACAUUGUGUGGGUGUUGGAGAGAAGACGAUACACACGUACACCAACAAAUACUGUACAGUACUUUUUCAGUUUGAUAACAACUUGCUGUUACUGAUGAUAUAAAGAUUGUAACUCUUAAAUUAUUAUCAGUUUCAUGUAAAAAAAACAAGAAAAAAAUUGCAAACGUGUCACUCGAAAUAUUCCACAAUCAACAAGAUUCAUAUUAAUUUUUAUAUUAAAUUAUAAAUAAUAAUUAACAAUGGCAUCACAAGUAGCUGGUAUUUUGGAAUCAAUCCAUUCAAUAUUCAGACCUAUUUUGAGUAAAAUAGAAGUUAAUAGUUUUUUUGGUAUCCUUGAUCUACGUGUUGGAGCAAUUAUUAUUGCUAUAAUUCAACUUGUAGUGGGAUGUGCAGGAUUACUUGAUUUUCAUAUUCCUAUGUUGAAUGGAAUUUUUUCAAUUAUUGUUGGUGUUUUGUUAAUAAUAAGUGCUGUUAUUAAUCAAAGAGUUUUGACAAUACCAUGGUUAAUAUUGAUGUUUAUAUUUGAAUUUUUCUUGAUUGUUAUGAUGGUCAUAAAUCUGUUACACUUUAAAAGUGAAUUUCCAGGAUUAUUUUUGGAAAAUUUAUUCUUAUUUCUCUUUUACUUGAUUGGAUACUCUAUUGUCUACAGUUUCUACAUGAAGAUGAAUGAUUUGCCAACCGUAAAUCCUGCCUAAUUUAUGUUAACAGACAUAUAUAUUUUUCAUUAUGUAUCUUUUUAUUAAUAUAAUAUAUAUUUGAUUAACUUUCUUUAUUUUUUUCAAUAUAUUAUAUUUUUCUAUAAUAAACAAAGUAUUUUUUUUUCGAAUGAAAUAAAGCUAACUACUAUA